AUGGCUGAGGAAGAAGGACUUCUGUCUGACCUUCCUGACGAUGUGUCUCAAAUAUUGGACGUACACCCGGAUGUCCUGACCAAGAUGCUAGCUGACUUGGACGGUGAACCAAUCAACCAAGUUCAAGCUACCAGCGUCGUUCGAGUUGAGACAGAACAUGGUGUCCGUGAACGAGCUGUCAACUCACGAUUUGUGCGAGUGAGCGAGCAAGAUGUUGAGAAGAUGCUGUGGGAACAGGAAAACAAAAACACAAAGAAUUCAACGAAGAAUUGGCUGAAAGUGUUUAGUGACUAUCUUGUGGCAGAGAAGAAACAGUGUGAUCUGAAGUCAGUUUCCGCUUCACAUCUAGCUAGCAUUUUGAAGUUUGCGUAUGUUUCGCUCAAAACACAGAAAGGCGCCCCUUAUGCGAAGUCAAGCUUAGUGUCGUUUAGAAACGCUAUCCAACGAGAGCUAAACAAUCACAAGCGUAACAUCAACAUCAUAACCGGCAUCGAGUUCGUAGAGUGCAACAGAGUGUUUGCUGCCUACAUCAAGAAGCUGAAAUCUGACGGUGACCUGAAAGCGGUCAGUCACAAGCCCCCCAUCAGUGAAGAAGACAACACAAGAUUGGACAAGUACUUCACAGACUCCACCAAUGAUCCGCUUAGGCUUUCGAGAUUCAUUUGGUUUGUUGUGACCAAGCAUUUCUGUAUGAGAGGUCGGGAAAGCCAAUCAAGUCUGUGCAUAGAGGACUUCGAAACUGUCAAGUCUGACUGCACAACAACCUACAUCCGGAUGACCACUGCCCACAAAGAAAAAAAUCACCAGGGUUCCCUUACCUCCGCUGACGAAGUGUCCGAUGGUAGGAUCGUGGACAGCUUUCAAGUGAGUGCGUUCAACUUGUAUAUCUCCAAGCUAACGAAGGGCACAGGAGAGAAAACAAGAUUGUUCCAGCAAGUGUCAGCAGCAACCCGUCAGAGAGAUACGUGGUACAAUGGCAAGCCCCUGGGCAAGAACACCCUCGGGUCCAUGAUGACUCAAAUAUCAGAAGCCGCUGGACUAACCGUAAAGUACACGAACCACUCGGUGAGAGCCAGCUGCAUCACUGAGCUUCUUCGACAGGGUCUAGCACCGUCCACUGUUAUGGGCAUUUCGAAGCACAGAUCCAGCGCCAGUCUUGCGUCUUAUGAUAUGACCAGCCAUCUGAAGAGGACAAGCUACACGCAGCAGCACUACUGGGUCAACGUUCAUGUGCAAAGCGAGCAUCAUCAUCAGCAUCCAUUGCAUCUUCAACGCCUCCGGCUAAGCGAGCACGCCAAGCCACUCCUUCCAUCCAGGAUGAUGACGGGGAUGAUGAUCUUGAUCUGA